ACUCUUCAAUCCGCAACCCGUCUGACUUAUCCAGCUAACACAGACAACAUCCUCGAGUGAGGUUCUACAUCACAUCAUGUCGUCCCGUCUAAUCUUUCGCAAUCUCCCAAACACGGUCGAACUCCCGACUUUCAAGGCCCACCUCGCUCAGCCAUCGCAACUCUCAGACGCCACACUUACCGAUGUCAAGCUUGUAUCCAAACGCCGGUUCGCUUUCGUUGGAUACAAGACCGAGGACGAAGCAAAACGGGCUAAGGAAUGGUUCGAUGGAACUUUUCUGGGGAGUGGCAAGAUCAAGGUCGAUUUCGUAGAUGACGAGACCCUUGCUAAAAAGCAGGGCAAAUCCGCUUCGUUCAAGAGCAACCUGCCCCCUGCAUCCGAAGCCACUAAGGCAGCACCGAAAAAGACUAGCAAAGCGCUGGCCGAGUUCAUGUCUGUCAUGAAGGGUUCGGAUGCCAAUGCUAUCCCUGUUCCCGUUCCUGAGGCAUCUUCAUCGACGUCAGCACAAGAUCAACAGGAACGAAAGGGCAAGACAGACGAGAAGAGCGGGGUCGUUGGCGUAGAAGAGGUCGCCAAGGACGAGGAUGUGGAAUUGGACGAUGCAGAAUGGUUGAAGCGGAGACAAGCCGCGGUACCUUCGACGACAAACGCUGAAGGUUCAGAAACCGAUGCCGCAUCACCGGUCGCAUCAGGAUCCAAGAUCUCUCCGGAAGAAUCCCUAAUCUUACAGACCCACCGACUCUUCCUCCGAAACCUCUCUUUCCACACGACUUCGACAUCUCUGCGGGAAUACCUCGAACCGUACGGCUCCAUCUCCGAGAUCCACAUUCCUAUGAGCAAAACGACACAACAACCUCUAGGAACGGCGUUUGUGAAGUUUGAGAAUGGGCAGGAUGCCGUCAAGGUCUGGAAAGAGGUUGACGGGAGGACGGUGAUGGGAAGGUUGAUCCACGUCUUGCCUGGAAGGGGGAAACCGGGUGAGGUGGUCGUCAUCGGUUCGACGGGUUCGGGAGUCGCUGGCACCGAGACCGUGGUCGAGGGCGAGGGUGCUAGUGCAGGUGGGCAUGCGAACGAAGGGGGUCUCUUUGGCAAAGUUCUCGGGAAGGAAGACGGCAAGAACGUCAAGUCCGAGGUAGACAAGCGGAGGAAAGAGGAGAGCAACCGCGGUCUCAACUGGGCGACGUUGUACAUGAACAGCGACGCCGUGGCUUCGUCCGUGGCCAACCGGAUGGGCAUCAAGAAGGCGGAGAUCUUGAACUCAGAGUCCCUCUUACCCGAGGAGAGUAACGAGGGGGAAGACGGAAGGGGUAAAGAGGUCAACAGCGCGGUCAAGUUGGCUUUGGCCGAGACCAGCGUGAUCAACGAGACGAAAAAGUAUUUCGAGAAACACGGUGUCGUCCUGACCCGUCUCGAAGGGACCGCCGACGUCCAGGGAGGCAAGCGGGUCUCGACGCCUCGGUCGAAGACGACCUUGCUGGUCAAGAACAUUCCGUACGGAACGACCCUAGAUGUCCUUCGCGCCCUGUUCGAGCCGUUCGGGACGCUCAAGCGGACUCUGAUGCCGCCCGCUGGGACGUUGGCUGUCGUCGAGUAUGAACAGGCCGACGAUGCGUUCAAGGCGUUCAAGGGGGUCAGCUACAAACGGUUGGGUAAUGCGGUCAUCUAUCUUGAAAAGGCUCCCGAGGGGCUGAUGAGGGACGUUGAUGACAUGGAGGUGGAGGACGAUACACCUGCAUCGGGAGGAAAGGAGGCGGACGAGGUCUUGAAGCGUGUCGCAGCUGUGUCAAAUACUGCCGAGAACAAGGAGGAUGGGAACACGGGUGAGACAACGAACGAAGCUGGAUCGACGCUCUAUGUCAAGAACUUGAGCUUCAACACGACGACCGAACGACUCGAAUCAGUCUUUUCCUCCCUCCCGUCAUUCGUCUUUGCGCGAGUCUCGACGAAACCAGACCCAAAGAACGCCGGGGCGAGAUUGAGCAUGGGUUUCGGUUUCCUCGGAUUCAAGACGAGGGACGCGGCGACCAAGGCGUUGAAGGGUCUCAAGGGGUACAAGUUGGACGGACACGAACUGGAGGUCAAGUUUGCGCAGAGGGAUCGGGAGGGAGAAGAGUUGGACGCCAAGAAGGGUGGGAACGCGGGAGAAGGCAAGAAGGGAAAGACGACCAAGAUGAUCGUCAAGAACGUACCGUUUGAAGCGAGCAAGAAGGAUAUCCGGGACUUGUUCAGCGCCUAUGGUACCCUGAAAUCGUGCAGGAUCCCGAAAAAGCACAACUCGGGUGGUCGAGGGUUCGCCUUUUUGGACUUUACCACUCGGACCGAGGCCGAAGCUGCCAUGGAGGCCUUGAAGCAUACGCAUUUGCUCGGCCGACACUUGGUUCUCGAAUGGGCAGCAGAGGAGGAGUUUGCAGGGCAGGAAGUGGAGAGGUUGAGGGAAAAGGCCAAGCGGGAAUACGUCAAGGACGGCGAGGGUCUGCCCAGCAAGAAACGCAAGUUGGGCCUGAAGGAUGGUAAUGCUAUCGGGCAAGCCGAGGAGGAGUGAAAUGGGCGCUUCUACACGAUUCAGCGGGUUGUAGCACGAUACUGUACAGUACGAAGGAGCGUCUGAUAGAUUACGAUAUCGCUGUGCCAGGUCGAUGUGUUGUACCGAUGAAACGAGACCACGAUCAACCUGACAUCUUGCCAUCCC